AUGGGGUCGUCACAGUCUGCACUAGCUGGAGACGAAGACGAUGAAGAAGAAGAGGAAACUGAUGGUGAAGAAGGAGAAGAAGAAGAAGAAGAUGAGGAGCAUGAUAAUGGCGGAUCGAAUAUAAGAGAAUUGGAUAAUCUCUUAGUGAAGAGAGUUCUGGAGCAAGAGCCUGAGAUGUUACCAUGUCACGCUUCAGCUUCUCCUCUUUCUCCACAGCUAUCAUCUCUCGGAACUCCGCGGAUUGGACCGUCGAUUAAAGUCUGGGAUCCUUACAACGUCCUCGCGCCGCCGCGUCCUCAUUCUUCUCUACUCCCUCCGCCUAUCUUCUCCCGAAUCGCGUCCGGGGACGAAGAUCGCGCUGUCACCGAGGUUUAUCUCAUCAGCCACGGCGAGUGCGAUCUCAAUCUAAGGCCUGAUCUGAUCGGAGGGAGAUGCCACGUCGCCGCCCUCACCGCUAACGGUAAACGCCAAGCCAGGGCUCUCGCUGUUUUCUUCAAAUCCCAGGGUGUUCGAUUCACCUCCGUCUAUUCCUCGCCGCUCGAUCGAGCUAGAUCCAUGGCCAUUUCUGUUUGCCAGGAAAUGAGUUUUUCAGAGGAGCAUGUACAUUCCUCAGACGCACUUAUUGAGAUGAGUCUAGGAGAUUGGGAAGGUUGCAGUCAAUCAGAGAUUUACACACCUGAAAUCUUGAGCUUAAUCGAUAAAUGUCAGCCUGAUUUCACGUCCCCAUCUGGAGAAUCACUCAGGCAAGUAGAGUUCCGAAUGGUUCAGUUUCUAAACGGAACAGUCUCAGGACUUGCAGAGAAGCUCAGGCCAGAUUUUGCCUCAACACAUGAGCGUGAUAGUUCUUCUUCGCUUACUUCGACUAACUGGGACUUGCUUCACAAGCAUCGUCCCAGCCUCACAAGGAAGAAAUCCGGUAAAAGCAGGCUUCAAGUGAUGACCAAUCACGGGCCUGACGGUGAACUAUCCCCAAGAGAGGAAGAGGUUAAUCAUAAUCACAACAACGAUCUAAGUGAUUCAUCUUCGUUGAUCUCAACUUGCAUUGGGGUUUUCACACAUUCUUUGCCUAUAAAGUGUCUUCUCACCGGAAUCCUCGGUUGCAGUCCGGUGAUGACUCAUAAGAUAUGUGUAGAGGACUCUUCAGUGACUGUGUUACAGCAUUCUUGGAGAAAUGGUUGGCAGAUCAAACGAAUGAAUGAUACUGCUCAUCUUAGAUUGUUGUAG